ACGGCUCCGAGAGAGGAAAUCUUAUUUUUGAGAAUCUACUUUGGAUUUUAAAAAAGCAUUUAUUUUGGUAGAGCAACAAACCGGGUUAUUGGAUCGCGAAAAUGUCAACAACAUUUCCAGGACUGGUGCACGAUGCGGAGAUACGUCACGAUGGAUCAAACAGCUAUCGUUUGAUGCAACUCGGAUGCCUGGAAUCUGUGGCCAACUCGUCUGUCGCUUACUCCUCAUCGUCUCCACUAACAUACCCCGCUACAGGAACCGAGUUCGCGUCCCCUUAUUUUUCAACAAAUCAUCAAUAUACGCCACUCCACCACCAGUCUUUCCACUAUGAGUUCCAGCACAGUCACCCGGCGGUUAAUCCCGAUGCCUACUCGUUGAAUUCUCUGCACCACUCCCAACAGUACUACCAGCAAAUCCACCACGGGGAACCUGCCGAUUUUAUAAACCUCCACAACGCACGGGCGCUUAAGUCGUCGUGCCUUGACGAACAGAGAAGAGAGUUAGGCUGCCUUGACGCGUACCGCCGGCAUGAUCUUUCGCUUAUGAGCCACGGUUCUCAGUAUGGCAUGCACCCUGACCAGAGACUUUUGCCAGGAUCGGGUUUAGGUCUGCCGCCACCGGGAGCCGACGAUUUACAGGGAUCAGUGGAAGCCCAAUGCGGACUGGUAUUAAACGGCCAAGGUGGAGUGAUUCGAAGAGGAGGCACGUGUGUAGUAAAUCCGACAGAUUUGUUCUGUUCGGUACCUGGCAGACUGUCGCUGCUGAGUUCGACCUCCAAAUACAAAGUGACAAUUGCAGAAGUCAAAAGACGGCUCUCUCCACCCGAAUGCCUCAACGCGUCCCUUCUGGGCGGCAUAUUAAGAAGAGCAAAAUCAAAAAAUGGUGGCCGGUGCUUACGAGAGAAGCUUGACAGGCUGGGGUUGAAUUUACCGGCAGGAAGAAGGAAAGCAGCGAAUGUGACCCUGCUAACCUCCCUAGUUGAAGGUGAGGCUCUUCAUCUGGCGCGGGAUUUUGGUUACACGUGCGAAACCGAGUUUCCCACAAAAGCGGUGGGGGAGCACCUGGCCCGACAGCACACAGAGCCCAAGGAGCAGACGGCCCGCAAGAAGAUGGUGUUAGCAACAAAGCAAAUUUGCAAAGAAUUUCAAGACCUGUUGAGCCAGGAUAGAUCUCCACUUGGGUCCUCAAGGCCGACACCGAUACUUGACCUAGAUAUACAGAGACAUCUAACCCACUUCAGCCUAAUAACUCAUGGAUUUGGCACACCAGCCAUCUGUGCAGCACUCAGCACCUUCCAGACUGUUCUGAGCGAAAUGCUAAACUACCUGGAGAAACACUCGACAAGCAAAAAUACAGGAACGCCGGACUCCAGUCAGAUUAACUCCAAUGCGGAAAAGACGCCCCUGCGGAAAACAGUGGAAUCUCAGUCUAAAGACGGGAAACUUGAAAAGACGGAAUAACUAACCCUUUUUCGGAAACAGAGGGGGGAUACUUCUGCUGCUGAAGAUGUACAGCUCUGGAAACAUGGACCAAACUCUUUGGGGCAGGUCGGUUUUAGCAGGAAAGGGGGCGAGAAGACAAAAACCCGAGGCCAUCCUAACCGCAAGGGGGGCUCUUAUCAAAAGGUGUUUUUCAUUAGAUAUGUGACACACUUCGAUUCCAUACGGAUACAAUAAUAACCACUUAUAUAGCACAACACUGUGUGGUUUACCCAAGACCAGUGCAGCAAUUGCACAGGGGCUUCAAAAAAACAAGUGAACAGUGUUAUCCCAAAUAUUUGCAAUUUAUUCUUGAAAGAGAAUAUCAAAAAUUAAAAUUGAACUUGUGCUACAAAAUUUACUUUUCUUUUCACGUUUGAAGUCCCUUCCACUUUGAGGCCCCAGUGAUUUAGAAUUCCUUCGUCGGACUUUUGUCUCGAUUUCCUUUAUACCUUAAAAUAAAUCAAGUUACCCAAGUAAUGCACAGAUGUAACCACAGUGUCAGGCUGUUCAUUAGCACCAGCUUUGUAGCCAGCAUGUGUAUUACAGCUUGGUUCAGAACAAGACAUCGUAAUCUGUGCGGCAUGCAGCUGGUUAAGCAACACAAGAAUGUAGCGGGUGAAAUGAGUUUUAAUAAAUUAAAGUUGUCACUAAAUUUUUGAUUGAAGAAAAAUUUUCUCUGGUGGAGGAUGCCCCGAGACCUCCCCCAUCCCCCUAGUUUACUUAUGGUACAUGGUAGGGGGGCUAUCCAGAUUCUUUGCCCUGGGACCCCAGAACUCUAAAACCGGCUCCAUUAUGGGGAUAUUUCACAGAAAAAGAAUAGUAGUAGAUCAAGAUUAAAAUCAUUAAUCUGGCCAACAACCUUGUACAAAUAUACACUUUAUCUCUGGGUUCAAUUGCAGCAUUCACUUUGACUCUCUUCAACCACUUUUAUUUGUUCAUUACA